AUGACGAGUGCAUCAGUGCGUGAGAUGACUUCAAAAUUUGGGAAGUUGGAUAAGUUUGAGGGAGUGGACUUUCGAAGAUGGCAGAAGAAGAUGCAUUUCCUUCUCACCACACUCAAUGUGGUGUAUGUUCUAAGCAUGCCAAUGCCUACCGUGACGGAGGAUGCGGAGAAGGAAUCUGUGGAGGAGACAAGGAAGCAACUUAAGUGGGAGAACGAUGACUACAUAUGUCGUGGCCACAUUCUUAACGGUAUGUCUGAUCCUCUCUUUGAUGUCUAUCAAAAUGUCGAAUCUGCAAAGGAACUAUGGGAUGCGUUGGAAUCAACGUACAUGGCUGAGGAUGCUUCUAGUAAGAAGUUCCUUGUUAGUAAUUUUAAUAAUUACAAGAUGUCUGAUUCAAGGUCUGUUAUAGAGCAAUACAAUGAAUUGCUUCGCAUCCUAGGGCAAUUCGCUCAACAUAACAUGAAGAUGGAUGAAUCCAUCUUGGUGUCGAGUAUCAUUGACAAGUUGCCGCCUUCAUGGAAGGAUUUUAGGCGCAUGUUAAAACACAAAAAGGAAGAGUUGUCUCUUGUACAACUUGGUAGCCAUUUGCGCAUAGAGGAAUCUCUAAGGGUGCAAGAGGGUGGAAAACCCAAAGAGGCUGAACCUUCUUCAAUCAAUAUGAUGGAGGAAGGUGGGAGUUCUAAGAUGAAGAAUAAGGGGAAGAAAUGUCCCUUUAAUGACAACACUUACGGUGGACCUAACAAAAAGCUAAGAGCGUUUGUUGGUUUUGUAACAAGCCGGGUCACUUUAGACUGA